AUGGAGAGUUGCAUGGCUUCUACUCCCUCUCCUACACCAAACCAACUUCAACACCCAAGGGAAUGCACUGCUAAGGCCAUUCAUCUCAAUGAGGCAGUUGUCACUGAGGCCAGUGAAGUUAAAACUGGGGAGGAUUGGUCAUUUCUUGAAGCUCAAAAAAAGCUUGGACACACUGAAUUCAAGCCAAGCAAUCUCUACAUAAGUCUAGCUGAUGGUUCACACAAAGAUGUAGUUGGUAAAUUGGAGAGCCUCCUAGUCAAGAUAGGCAAGGCAAGAAUUCCCACUGAUUUCAUCAUAAUAAAGAUGGAUAAGGAGGUAGAGGAUCCAAUCUUGCUUGGGAGACCAUUCCUUGCCACAGCAGGAGCAAUCAUUGAUGUUAAGGAGGGGCUGAUAAGGUUGAACAUAUCUGAAGGUUUGACCAUGAACUUUGAUAUUACAGAUUCAUCUAACCUACCAACCAUUGGAGGUCAACCAUUUAAGAUUGAAGAUAAGGCUGAUUUUGGGGUUUUGAGAGAAGAAGAGACUUCAACAGCUAAGGUCACAUCUCAUGAGGAACAGUUCAACAUCUUAAGGGUUCAGUUCAAGAGCUGA